AUGUGGAGGAACACUCAGAAUUCCAGCUCCCUGCCUUUUUUACUAGCCAGCCCACACACUGACCUCUACACAAGCAGACACACAUGGUACUACUUACAAGUAAGCAAUGCACAGGAAGGGAUGCUACAGCUCUUCACUAUUGUCAGCUUUACCAAGUAUAACAGCCUAUAUAAACAUGGCUUGUGGUACUCAGAAGUCAAUGUGAAGAAACAGCAAAAGAAAUGGCUGGUGAAGGACUGGAAAUUAAUCAAGUAUUAGAAAAACAAUGUGGAGCAAGGUGGACAUUGUUAUUUCUCACUUUGGGUGUUCCAGUUGCCUCAUGCCCGAGACAGCUGCUACUUUACCCACUAUUAUCCUUACUCCUACUCCAAUCUGCAGGAGUAUCUGGGGGCCAUCUCUAAAGAUCCAAUGAAGUCCAUAUUCUGCAAGAUUCACAUCUUAUGCCAUUCACUGGCAGGAAAACACAGUGUAUGUUUUAACUACCACCACCACCCUGCCCCUCCAAAAGUGACAAGGAAGGCUGUGAUACUGGCAGUGAGGGUGCAUCCAGGAGAAACAAAGAGUACCUGGACUUCAUUCUUGGUAAGCAAAGCUCAGCUCCUGUGGGACAGUUUUAUCUUGAAAGUGGUACCAAUGUUGAAUCCAGAUGGUGUGAUUAUGGGAAAUCACCACUUUUUAACAGGCCAUGACCUGAACUGCAAAUAUAGAUCUGUUGUCAGAAAAUGUUACCCUUCCAUCUGGUAUACCCAAAACAAGAUAAAGCUGCAGACAAAACACACAUUUGAAAAGACAUACGAAAAGAACACACAUGUGAAAGACUUGGAGUCCAUAGGACAGCAUUUCCAUAAUGCUCUCUUGAGCUACUGUGUAAAUAACAAGCAGGAACACAACAAGGUAGUGAAACAGCAAGCCAGGAUGAACUCCAAGGUCCUGAAUUCUGAUGUGUUAGACUGGAAUUCCAAUACAAUCAGCAACUUCUGUGCAGACUGUGACUGGAAGAUCAGAUGUGCAGGUGAUUUUAGAGAGGCCCAUGGCAGGGGAGUUGGAACUAAGAAAAAAAAAAAAAAGUCAGGAGAACAUUUUCACAGCAUCGCUAAGGACAGAAGUCAUAAAAUCAAAAAUAUUUUACUUCUGACUGACUCAGAGGGGAUAGUGGUAUACUCUGAGAGUCUCAUUCCCGAUGCUAAAGGCAUUUACAAAAAGUCAUCUGUGCAACAGCGCAGGAAAUGUGUGUACCAUGAUGAAGAAAGAAAAAUGAAGGAGCGGUUCCCCUCAACAAACACAAGACCCGAGAAAACCAGAACAGCAAGCAAAGAUGUAAAUUUUGAAAAGAGAAAAUCUUGCCAGGCAUAAGACACACUGCAGUUCUCCCUUCUGCUAAUGCCUGAGUCAAGGAACAGACAACAUGCUACGAAAUAUCAGGGUAUAUUUUGGAGCCCCAGUUCUACAGCCAGUGAAGGCACAUGA